AUGCAUUGUGGUCAUGGCACUGCGCCUCCUCCACCGCCUCCACGUGCUGAAUUUCAUCAGGCUGCGCAUCCCGGUUUUCCUUUGCAGCAGAUGAAUCAGAUGAGUGGUGGGUACUUUCUUCCUCAGCACAUGAUGGUCCCUCCUGGGGUUUGGGCACCUAGCCAUGGAAUGCCAGCUACGCACCGUUCACAUGAGCGGUCGCGGUCACCCAGAGGAUCGCAUGAUGAGGUGGCUUCCUUGCUUUCUCGGCUUCCCCCUGCUGAGUUCAAAAAGGUGUUCAAUGAUUUGCCGGCAUCUCUUCGAAGCGUAGCCUUUGAUGCUCCUGAUGGCAUCAUCACGGACGUUAAGUCCAUCUCUGACAAAGAGUCUCGCAUGGAGAUGUGUCGAAAAAUCAACAAUCUUCGUCGAGAGAGAAUCCAAGCUCUCGCGACACCCCAGGCAGCCCCUUUUUAUGCCGAGGAUGGCAUGAAGAUUGUACCUAUGAGCCGAUUGACUGAGCGGCAUUUCUGGGAUGUCUUCCAUAGGAUCCCGUUGAAUACCACGGAUCCAGUCAAAUGGAAGAGCAUUCUCAAAUAUUUGGAUGCAUGCCCUGAAAAACCACGUUCAUCACCCAACGCUCGUGAUAUUGAGUGGGCAACCCCAGAUCUGCCCUUUGAGGCUGCUCCAGGUGCUGCUUCGCCUCCCCGAGGUUCCCUAGAUGCAUUGAGGGCGCACCGCAUUGCUGGGCGUAAGACCCCGGCCGCCAAGGCCUUGUUGGCCCUGUCGCCCUUGGAAGCCAUGAGUGAUCUAUACCAGACAGUCUUCCGCAUUUAUUUGCGAAAGCUGGAGCGAAUCAUGCCGAAGCUCGGCGCAAAAACAAAAGAGAACACAUGCCUCAACAAGCUCUUGGAUGCUUUGAAUGUCAGCCCUGACGAGAAAGUUCCGAUCCUUCUGGACCAAUUUCUGCUGAUUAGCCUGGUUGUUCGGCACAACUGCUGUCAAGGGACACAGUUGCUUGCCGCCCUGAGUUUUUUGAUGAUGUUGCCGGUGCAUCUCGCUCCCGUGGAUACUGGCGAGCGGCUUUUGGCUGAAACCGCCCUUUGCCAUAGUCUGGGCACUUUGAAUCCGCCGACGGUGUAUAGUUUGCUUCCAAAAACAAAGCAGCGGCAAGUGCAGGGUCUUCGUAUCUUUGAUUCUUUUCGCUCUUUGUGUAGGUUCCGCCCUUCUCAACCUGCUGCAGGGGAAAUGUCUUUAUCCUCUUCUGUGGGUCUUAUUCGGAAAGAGUGGCGUGAUGGUCUUCAAAAAAUUGCUGCCGCGCUGGCUGGGCGGCGUUUUGAAAAGUCAAACGCUGCCGCUCUCGCGGCAUGGAAUUUGAGUCCCGGUGCCUGGGCUUAUGUGGCUCGCCGAGUUGACCAAUUUGAAACAGGUUGGCGGCGAAAGCGGGGCCUUCAUCUUUUAGGUAUCAUCUCCAAGAAACGGAGAGACCUUUGCCCUUUUGUGUCAUCUGUUGCGGUGUCUGUCCCCUGGAUGGGCUCCACAUCGGCACUGCGCAUUUUGCGCGGUGAAAUUCGUGAAUUACUUUCCGCAUGGAGACGGAAGGGGCACUGGGUUCCCAUAGCAAGGCAUGCAAAGUGCUUUGUUUCGUGGACUGCUCCCCCUACUUUGGCAGAUUGUUUGACAAGCACGUCAGUUUUGCGCCAAGCUCUCGAAGAGGGUGUUUCCCCACAGUGUAUCUGUGAGGCUGUGCGCUUGCAAAAUCCUGGCUGGCCUGUCGUUACUUUUGACGGCUGUGAGCACAUCGCCGCCCCCCAGGGUAUGGUGCCUUGGCCUGAACAGUUACGGCAUCUCGCUCGGUGGCCAGCAAGCAUCGGCCUCCCGCCUCGUUUUGAGGAUGUGGUUUCUGCAGUUCGGACGUCUUUUCGGAGGCUUCGUAAUCGAUGCCGUAUUCCGAUUUCGGACUCCUGUACAGUGGAAGCAGUGCAGCGCUGCUGUUCCUCCUUGUGGUCCUUGCCUGUCCAAGACAGUCGAGUCCCAAUAACUUGGUCUCACGUUGGUGAAGCAAGGGAGUGGCUCCAAGCGCAGGGUGUUUUCGUCUCUGUGUUUGACCACAACCCCUCUUCAUUGGGAGUUUUUUGUCCCAAGUUGGUUUUUGAGCAUGCUUGUCAGUUAUUGGAUUUCUUGCAUCAUCAAAAACCUGAUGCGAAUUUUGCUUGGUCGGUCUCGGAUAUUGGUCGUCAGCGGGAUGUGCUGAGUGGCAUGGCUAACAUGUCAGACCUUCCUUCACAUUUGAUUCCCGGUUUGCACACUGUCGAUUAUCAGUUUGAUGUUGGUUGUACAGCUGCCGCUGAUAUGAAGGAUUGUUUCCGGCAUCUUCCUUGUGAGCGUUUUGCCGACAUGUGGGAUGGUCUGGCUGCUUACUGGAAAGGGCUAUGGAAAUGGCACCGUGAAUUCCACUGUGGUGUGGCUGCGGUUUGGGCGUUGUCCUGGGUGCCGAAGGGUGAGUUGCUGCCCAUCCCCACUCUUUUUUCUGAUGUGGAAUGUGUUGUUGGUGCAAAGGCUGCUGAUGAUCACAGAGGUGAUGUUAGCCCAGCAUCUACUGUUCCUGCUGAUGAUGAGGCUGCAAUUGCAUCUGCAAGAGCUUCAUACCAGAGUGCCAAAAUGAAUACACCGGAAGAAAAGAUCAGACGAGCUCCAGCCACCCCAAUGGCUCCAUUGUCUCGAGAUGUGCAAUCAGUUGAGAUUUUGGGAGGAGAAGGAGACAAGACAACUGAGAGAGAUCAGAAACGCAGCAGUGAUCAAAAGAGCAAAGUCAACAAGAAGAAAGGUCCUUUGAAAGCACGCAAGACAAUGAGAAAACACGUCAAGAAAGCCAAGAAAGUCAAACCGACUACCAAGGAUGGAGCCAAGACUACCAAGACCAAGGAACAAACACCUGCCACCACUCCUGCCACCAAGAGUACUACCACCAGUCCUGGUACCGAUGCCUCGGCCACACCCACCCCGUCUACCACAGACACCACCACUGGUCCUGGCUCUGCCCCUCAACAACCGCUUCGCAGACCUUCCGUGGAAAUUGGCAGCCCCGACCUCACAGAGAUCUGUUCCCCAGCACCAGGAGCAGUGGCAGGUGUUUUGAAUCGAGCUGCCACCGGAGACCUAGCUCAGACCCAUGCAGUAGUUAAGGCAGGUGCAGAGGCAGCACUGCCGCCAGUUGGUCCACAUGAGACACGUGUUAGAGACGGCACACGAGUGCGAGUUCGCAACAAGGAUUAUCACAAUCGUCGAAUGAGGUUCUACAGGUCACUAGACAGUACGUCCUCGCCAUCUGAAAUCGUAAAGCUGGGUGAAAAUGCUCGUGCAGGGGGAGGACGAAAAAAAUCAGAAAAGAUGGCAAUCCUCUUCGAGGAGUGGACCAACUGCAAUGGGGACUGGUCGACCUCAAGUUUUGUGGUGCGCAUGAGGGAGCGUACCACUGAGAAACAAAAGGGUGGGAGGCGAUGGAUGACUGAAGGAGACAUAGUGGACAAAUACUCGAAAGGAAGGACAGUGGAGGAAGCACGACAGAUUGCCAGGGACAUUGUCGUGGGAAAGGAGGCCUGCAAGCACAUGAGAAGUACCCACAUUCGUCCACACCCGGACGCGCCGCUGAGGCAGGAUAUGAGAUUGUUUCUCAUAUGGGAUGAAGAAUUCGAAACAACAGAAACUGAUUCGAUUGUCGAAGCCCUUUUCCAGUGCAAAGACUCAGAUAGACAUGGAAAGGAUGAGAAGAAGAAAAAACGCAAGCGAGAGACUUCGUCAUCUUCGCAAUCUGACAAGUCCAGUGACUCUGCCAGCAGCAGAUCAUCUAGCUCUUCCAGCGACCGUCGCAAGAACAAGAAGAAAGCACUGAAAAAGGGAAAGAAGUCAAAGCCAGUGAAGCACAAGCAUGGAAAUCAAGGUAAAAAGAAGGGCAAGAAGGAGGUGAAAGAUGAGAGCAGCGACUCAGACAGCAAGUCUGAAUCUGAGGAUUCCCAAGUGGCAGCAGGCAGGAAAGCCAAGGAGGAAAAGGAGAAACAACGAGCGGCUGAGAAGGAGGAAAGGGAGAAACAACGAGAGGCUGAAAAGCAAGCUGAGAAGGAAAGGAAGCUUGCACAGAAAGAGGAAGAAAAGGAGAAAAAGCGUUUGGAGAGCCAGCAGAAGAAAGAAGUGACUAAGGAAAUCAACAGGAAGAAAGGUGCAGCGAAAAAGGGAGUGGCAAAUUUGGACACUACCAUUGCCGACACUGUGCGCCGGGAACAGCUUUCGGGAACAGUGGCCGAUCCAGAUCUUCGCAAAGCUUUGCAGAAGGAACUGCAAAGCGUCCGCAGUUCCUUGAAGCAGAAGCGUGGGCAGCUUCAAGAUGCAUUGGACAACAACCAGGUGGAUUCGAUGGAAAGUCUCGCUGACGGAGCCAAGUCCCUGAUCGAUGACUACAACAAAAAGAAGAAAGCUAUGCAGUGUGAUGGCAAAGCUUGGGUUGCUCAAGGCAUCAUUGAUGAUAUUUCAUCUGCAGUUCCUUGGCGCAAGGUGGUUUUGAGACCCCAGAUGAUGCUAUGCGAGGAAAAAUUCUUCAACGGCGAAACUUUUGCAGAACAGUUGGAAAAUGCCUAUGAUGACUUCAAAGAUUUCGUGAUGAAGAAAGAUGGUCAAUUGUUGAUGACAGGCAAGGCCUACAACAACAGGUGCAUCGCAGAAUGGCUCCAUGAUGCUGUGCUGCGAGCCAAUCAAGUCUCUACUGACCCAAGGAUGCCUGUAGCCUGUUUGCUGAUGACGCUCGCUUUAUUUUUUUGGGUGAGCAUGUUUGAGACUACAUCUCCUGGCUCCCUUCCUCUCCAAUUUUUGUUCCCCUUCACGUGUUUUAGUCCAAUUUAUUUCUUGGAAAAGGGUUAG